AUGCGGGAGACCAUGAGAAGCUGGCAGUACUCCGCCAUCAACGGAAGGCUGGAGGACUGCCUGACGCUCAAAGAAGACACGCCGGCCCCUCAGAAGUCAUCUCUUAGCAAAGACGAGCUCAUCAUCGAAAUCAUCAGCGCAUCGCUCAACCCGGUCGACUACAAAUUACCCGUGUCCACUCUACUCGGCCGCUUGGUGAUCACCCGCCCAGCGACCCCGGGCUUGGACUUCUGCGGCCGCGUCGUGGCCACGCACCCUUCCAACGACGCGUUCAAAGCCGGGCAGAUCGUUUUCGGAGGCUACCCUGGCCCGAGCCAGAGAGGCACCUUGGCGGAAUACAUCAUCAUCUCGGGCGCAAACUGCACCCCCCUGCCGGCGGGCAUCGACCCCGAUCAGGCCUCCGCUGUCGGUACGGCUGCCACGACGGCGUACCGGUCUCUGAUGCCAGAUACCUUGAAGGCUGGGGGGAAGAUCUUCGUCAACGGCGGCAGCGGAGGCACGGGGACAUGGACGAUACAGAUGGCCAAAGCCCUUGGGGUCGAAGUCGUCACGACAUGUUCCGCCAAGAACAUUAACCUCUGCCGCCAGCUGGGCGCCGACGAGGUGAUCGAUUACAGGACUCGGGAUGUGGUGGCCGAGCUGAAGAGCAGAGGGAAGGUCUUCGACCUGGUGAUUGACAACGUGGGGGGCACCUCGGCGCUCUACGACAUCAGCAGCACCAUCCUUAAACCCGGCGGCACCUUUUCCUCGGUGGGUGUCGGGGAGGCUCUCUCCCUCUCCGGGCUAUUCUCCGAUGUGUGCAAGCUACUGCGUCCUUCCUUCCUGGGCGGAAAGCCGUUCUACUUCGUUCAGAUGGACAACACUGCCGAGACUUUCCGGCGCAUUGGGGACUGGAUGGCGGAGGGGAAAGCAAGGGCCGUCAUUGAUUCAUCGUUUGCGUUCGAAGACGUCCCGGCCGCCUACAGCAAGCUGAGGGAGGGUCACGCCAAGGGGAAGAUUGUUGUCCAUGUCGCGGGAGCUUCAAGACAAUGA